AUGUCAUUGGCUGCAUGCUUGGGGCAGCUGUUUCUGGUGACAGCAGCCUUCUUCGUAAGAGCGGCAGGCACCACCGGCGAUCGUUUUAGACAGGGAACCUCUACCACGGACCCCGGCUACGGGCGCAAGUCGCUUUCAGAUAGGCAGGAAGGCAUCGUGCAGGUGUUGUCUGUGGAUGAUCCAGAUGGCUCAUGCGAGCAGUUUGGUAUGCUUUCGAUACGAGACCGCGACAGUUGCCGCAUAGCGUUUCGAGCACUUGGGCUUGGUACCACAGCUGCAGGUCAUGCGGACUCAAUGUUGCACGCAGGCGUGCCCGAAGCCAACGCUGAUGAAUACUCUGGAUGCCUGGUGUAUUACCACGCUUCGUGGGAUGUGUACCGGUACAUCUUCACCGACAUCGGGCCGGACAAAAACUCAACAAAGUUCAUUUCCUGGCCUGAGUCUUUCACGCCGGUGUGCCUGAGCAAUCCUCCACGCGAAACCUGCGAUGUUCCAAAGGGCUGCGCGAAGGACGAAGACAAAGAGGAGAAGGAUGACAAGAAGAAAAAGGCUGUUGUGCUCCUGCCUCAAACUGGCAAGAAGAAAGAGGAUAAAGAGGACCAGCGACCGAAGCCGGAGAAGAUUGACAAUGGCGAGGAGUGCGCUCCGGAAUGCCCAGAAGGCUAUCAGCCAAAUGUGGCCAACCUCUUUUGUGCGUUUGGCCAACUCUCUCCAGCAAACUAUAGCUGCGUCCCAUCUUGGGAGCCAGAAGAUACGAGCGCUUGCAACAUGUCAAGUGGCUGUGUCAGCCGCACCGUUCGCAACACCUCGUGCCAGAGGUGGGACGUCAGCAGGCCGCAUGCAUUUGGAGACCCACCAGAGGCGCUGACUCCCGCCCACAACUUCUGCGGAACCCCGAUGGUGAGCGGGUACGGACCUCAUGGCAGUCGAUUGCCAUGGUGCUUCACCAAUGAUCCUGGGAUGGAGUGGGACUUUUGCUUGGAGGAGCGCUGCAUCGAGGGCCCCUGGAAAGACAGGUCAAGCGAUGUCAACGGUUUCAGCUCAGACUUCGCGUGGACGUGCCGUGAUUAUGUGAGCCGGGAGCUUUGCACGGUGGAUGGCGGAUAUGGCCCUGGCUGGUCGACAGAUGCAGCGGGGAAGACCAGACACGGCACCUUUGAAGACUACAGGUUCAUGGGGCUCACCGCUGUCGAUGCGUGCUGUGGCUGCGGCGGUGGGAAUCGAAAUCCAGAAAUCUGUGAGGACAACUCGCGCUUCCAAGACGACAUUGGCAGCUGCGCUGCGCGAUCAAUUCACCGCAUCGGCUGUGAUGAUGACUGGGUGCGCUGGUAUUGCCCCAGGGCAUGUGGUCUUUGCUCGGUGCGCACGGUUCCUCGCCAUGAGCUGAAGGACAGGUGCGAGGAUGACGAGUAUAACCAGCUCAGCUGCGACUUGUUCGCAGUGCCCACCGCGGCAGACAAGUGUAGCUCCGAGUCGCUGACUUCAGAACUGCGAAAUGUCCUGGGCACGAAGGCACCUGCGAGCUUCAGCGAGAGCCUUCUGGAAUCUAUCAGGGCGUACUGCCCCUUUUCCUGCCGAGAUUGCCGAAAGUGCGAACCAGGUUAUUUUAUGGAUGCGUCGAAACGCUCCUACGACCCAGAGAUUUGCCAAGAGUGCAGUCCUGGCAGAUUCCAGCUCUUACGGGCUACAAACUGCUUUGAGUGUGAAGCUGGUCGCUAUGCAGAUACUGCCGCAGCCCGGGCUUGCUCGAGAUGUCCACGAGGCACGACUAGCACUUCUGGUGCCGCCAACUGCACAGCUUGCCCGGCUGGGAGCGUGCCUGACCAGAAUCUAUGCCAACCUUGCCCCGCAGGCUCUUACGCCGACAGCGCCCUGCUCGAAUGUUUGCCAUGCGCCCCGGGCACUGCAGCUCAGCCUGGGAGCUCAGAAUGUACGGUGUGUUCACCGGGACGGUACAGCGGCGAAGGAAGCGACAGGUGCCAUGCAUGCGAACCUGGUCGGGCCGCGCCCGAGAACGGAUCUGAGGUUUGUGAAUGGUGCAGCGCUGGCAACUACAGUGAUGAGCCUGGAAGCUCUGUGUGCAAAAGCUGUGAGAAUGGCACCACCUCAGACGGACGCGGAAGCUCUGCGCUUGCCGACUGCAAGUGCCCACAAGGAACCUGCUUCGACGUUCACAUUUCUUCCUGCACGAGCUGCCCUGCCGGCAUGAGCUGUGCAUGGGCGUGCAAUCUUAGCGCCUUCGGGUCACGCGAAGGAGAGCCUCUGCUGCAAGCAGGGUUUAUGACCCUGGAAGCUGGAGACCCACUGAGAGUCUUCCGAUGCAGGUCUGCAAAGGCUUGUCCCGGUGGCCGAAACGGAAGCUGUAGCGAGGGCCAUGAUGCACAGGCAGUCGCAUGUGGCCGAUGUGUUUCCGGGUAUUCUCCACGCAGUGGCGGAUGUAAAGUUUGUGAAGAUGGCGAUUCGCUGCCGCUUAUUCUGGUGGUGUGCGGCGCUUCUGCGCUGGUGGUGGUGACAACAUUGGUGAUCAACAAGGAUCCACUGAUCCGGUCAAAUGCCAGCAUUAUGGUUGCCAUCCUAGGCGGCAUGGCAGUCAGCUGUUUGCAAAGCUUGAACAUCUAUCGCCAGCUCGAGAUAGACUGGUUCGAGCCGAUGCGCAGUAUUCUGAAUGCUAUGUCGGUGCUGUCGUUUGACCUGGACAUCCUGAACGGAGGCUGCAUUCUCGGCCAUGAUGAAGUGCGCAAGUACACCCUGCAGCAGUGUGCUGUGCUCGUGAUUAUUCCGUUGGUGCUGAUCACCUUGUUCUGCAAGAAGCGGUUUGUUGCCACACAGGUUCGUGUCCAGUUCUGCAACACCGUUGGAACCUUCUUGCAGGUGGCCUUCAUCUCUUUGGUUAUCAACAGUGUCAUCCCAUUGCGGUGCUUUGAUCAUCCGACGUUUGGCUCUUCAGUGUCCUCCAUGCCAUCCAUCUUAUGCUUCGCGGAAGAAGGAGACCAUAUGCUGCUGCUGCUUGCCGGCCUCCUUUCCUUCCUGCUUCUUCCUUGUCCGUUUUUGGCGCUCAGCUGUUGGGCAACGUGGGUGUAUCCGGCAAAGCUUACGGAUAAGUCUCCUGCGGGGCGCAAUUUUCAGCUUUCCACUCAGUUCCUCUUCUCUCGCUUCACUCCUGCAGCCCACUAUUAUUGCAUUGUGUCCCUCGCGAAGAACUGCCUUCUUGCCUUCGUCCCGGUGAUUUUUCAGAGAGGCGUCGCUCUGCAAAGUUGCUUGCUGGGUUUUGCAAUCGUGUUGUUCAUGAUGCACCAACUGCAGCUUCACCCCUGGAAGAGCUACAUUGCAAACCAGAUGGAUGGAUUCUGUAGUGCCUCUUUGCUGCUGCUGCUACUCUGUGGCACUCUUGCAUCGCCCACGGAUGCAUCCACCAUUCGGGAUCUCUCGAUCGUGGGCACAGCUAUAGCCCUCGUUCUCGGUGCAUUCCUGACGGUGGGACUUGGCUACAGCAUCUACAGAACGUGCGUGCCAGGGAAGCAUUACAAGUGGUUCAUCUGCCAUCACAAGGCCGACGCAUCUGCACAGGCGCGUCUGCUCAAGGUGCUGCUUCAGGCGAACAACUCCUACGGCAACGUGUUCAUAGACUCAGACAACCUCGUUGACUUGGACACAUUAUUCAAUGUGGUCAAGGUGCAGGUGGAAACACUUGUGGUGUACAUGACGCGUGAUAUUCUGACACGACCAUGGUGCGUGGGUGAAAUCGUAACAGCAUUCAGGAGCAGAACAGUGCAAGUGGUGAGGGUCAAGACUUGCAGCUACUCUGUGCCUUCUGAUGAGAAGCUGAACGACUUGGAAUACUUACAGUCAUACAUAGACAUGCGCGGCUGCAACCUCGCACGUUAUUUCAUUCGGAUGGAAGACGUGCGAGAUGCCUUUGCAAACUUGCUUCGACCGAGCACCCCCUGUGUGGAAUUCAACGAUUCCCUGGUUGGGACGCAUAGAUUCGACAAGUUGGCAGAAGACCUGGCCGAGCUGUCUUUCCAAAGAUCGAAGGGCAAACAGAAAGCAGCUUUCCCGAAGGAUGAGGGCAACCCAGACGUUGAGAGCGAUGACACAGCUGACUUGGUCGUCAUCUCGUCGGAGCCAGGCAAUGACGAGGCAACAGCGGCCGCUUCGAUCCUGUGCAGAAAAAUGAAUGCAGGGGUCGCGGCGUGCGGGACCAGCGCCAUAUGCCUCGUCGAUUCUGGCAGGAAUCAGUUCCACAUGGCGAACUGUGUGGCCCGCUGUCGUGCAUUGGUGGUGCUUCUGUCCUUCGGGUCGCUGUCUUCGAUCUUCCAACUCCAUGCCAUCGUGGAGUUGAUGCUUCAGCUUGACAAGUUGGGAAGCGAGUCCAAGAACAAGCCGGCAAUUAUUCCUAUGAAUCUGCCUGAGUUUCAAUUCCCACAAGCUGCAUACUACGAAGAGCAGCUGCCUGUGAUUUGGGGUGAGGCAGACCUUCAGAAAGCGGCUGAGAAAAUCAAGAGUUUUUUCAGGUUCAUCACCAUCAACCUGCCAAUUCACGCCUCCGACCUUCUGAUCGAAACGCAAUGCCUCGAAGUCCUGAAGCGGGUUCCUAAAGAGUCUUCUGCAAGUCAUUCGGUGCAUCGUGAACCACUGAUGCAGGAUCUGGCCGGCGUCAUCGCCUCAAAUCGUGGCCACUUCCACUUGCUUCGCAAUGGUGGUGAUGUCGGAGACAAUGACACCUUUAAGCCACUUGUGAGUCUUGGACGGACGUCUAACGGCAGCAGCGAGUCAACGAGACUGGAAAUUAUUGGACCCGACGACGCUGGGAUCAAGCUCACCUCGCCGGGGAAGUGUACUAGCGACACAAGCACGAAAGUGACGCUUUGA